UUGAAUGCUUCAAUGGAUUUCGUUGUGGUGUUAUUGACCUUGAUGCCGUGCUCGUUAAUUUUUCAAAAUGACUUCCCCAGUUAGAGGUAAACCGAAGUCAGGAUGUAGUUGGAAGACAGUUCGUACUGCCAAACAUAGUGCAAUUAAAAAAGACAAGGGCUUGCACACCGCCUUUCAUAUUCGUAGGAAGGUGGAGGAAGAAAUAAAACAAAUCCGUAAUGAAUCUCUUGAACGGAAAAAAGCAAGGGAUGAAUUUAAAAAAGCUAAACGCUUAAGAGAAGAAGAGAAACGCAAACGGAAACUAGAGAAUGAACGCCGAUCAGAAAUUGUCGUUCCGAUAAAGAAUCCUGCGAAAAUAAAACGUAUGAAGAAGAAACAGUUGAGAAUGAUUACAACUCGAUAAAUGGCAGUUUAUUUUGUGAUAAUAAAGUUUAUAAUCCGA